UUAAAUUAUUUUUAUCUAAUAAAUUAUGAGUAAAAAUACAUCAAAUAGUUUGGCACAUAUUUUGAAAUAGCUACUUAUUCUGUACCAAACACACAUUAGUUUGCAAAGCUAUGCCCAGAUCUCUCUUCAAAGGAAUCAAGAAUUACCUACAAGAGACGCAAAAGAAUCCCCAUUAUCAUCUCCUACUAUCAAACUUCAUUAGCACUGGCAGUGAUUCUCAGUCUCCCCGAGGAAAUGACUUCAAAUCAUGGACCAAUCUCAUUUCAUUUCUCGCCCAAAAUGCCACAAACUCAGAGAUGGCAAUGGUUGAGUCCUCUCAAAUGCUCAACUCUGGUGCCAAGCCUAAUGGCCAUGCUCUGGUCCACCUGUUCCGAACAUGCGCAAAAAUUGGUUGCCAUUCUUAUGGCCUACAGCUUCAUUGCUACGUCCUUCGAUCUGGGUUUGUCACCAAUGUGUUUGUCUCCACUUCCCUCAUCAAUUUCUAUCUGAAAUUUGAGUCUUUGAAUGAUGCCCAUAAAGUGUUUGUUGAAAUUCCUCAACCAAGUGUAGUUUCUUCGAAUUCUUUGAUUUCUGGGUAUGUGCAUUCUGGGCUGUUGUCGAAGGCGUUGAGUGUGUUUGUUAAGUUGGAUAGGUCUGAGAUUUGUGCUGAUUCAUUCUCAUUUACGGCCACUUUAGCUGCUUGUGGGCAACUAAGGUUUUCACAAUUGGGGAAAUCAAUUCACUCCAAGAUUGUGAAAGUUGGUGUGGAAUUUAGUGUUUUUGUUGCAAAUUGCUUGAUUGACAUGUAUGGAAAAUGUGGGUAUGUUAAAGAGGCGAUCUGGGUAUUCAACGAGAUUACUGAUAAGGAUAUCAUUUCUUGGAAUUCAAUUAUCGCAGCAAGUGCUAGGAACCGAAAACUUGAACAAGCAGUCAGUUUUUUUCAUCAGAUGCCGAAUCCUGAUAUAAUUUCAUAUAAUGAAUUAAUCAACGGAAUUGCACAGUUUGGGAACAUGGAUGAUGCCACUGGGAUUUUAUCAAAUAUGCCGAACCCAAAUUCAUCUUCGUGGAAUUCAAUAAUAACAGGGUAUGUGAACCGGGAUCAAGCACGCGAAGCCCUGGACUUCUUCAGUAAUAUGCACUCGAAUGAUAAACAUUAUAAAUUUAAAAAAAACGAGGAUGGAUGUAGCCAGGGGUUAGAUGUCCUAGCAGAAUUGGAAGAGGAUAUUGCAAAUCAACAGUUCUUUGAAGAGCAGGACUCAGGGGAUGUGAACAUCAAUUGGUUCGACUUGGAUGGAUCCACAGAGAAUACUGGAUGGAUUAGCGACCAGCCGGAUGUUGUUGAAGGACUUCAGCCGGAAUAA